AUGACUACUGGCUCCGCGAUACGUGCCAGAUGGUGCACAAUAGAGGCCGGGAACGAGAUUCAGAAUACACUCGAAUACCAGCCGACUGAAGAUGCAAAUGAAUUUGAAGCACGAAUUCUGUCCCUGAGCAUAGGAGGGAAACAAGUGGAAACGAUUGAACGUGCACGGGACGGAACGGCCUGCGCUUACAGCGCUUAUCACAGCACGAAGGGCAUAACGGCAAGCGCUCGUGGCCAUCGUGAAGAAUUAUCGAUAGCGAUGCGUGUUUUCGGCUCCGGUUAUCUUACUACUUGCCUGCAGAUCAAAUAUUACCGCCAAGAUGACCAGAGCCACUGUGAAUGGGGCGCUAGGUUGCAUUGCAUCGAGUUGGACUGCUCGAGCGUGGAGGGCCGAUUGGUUACAGUAGACCGGGAAACAUACAGGAAACUCGGCAUAGAAUCCUAG